AUGGCUCACUUAAAUUGCAAGACUUGUAUCGAGACCCAGGCUGGUGAUUUGUCUUUGCAGGUCAGUGCCCCAGGCUAUUUCCCAGCCUCAAAGACGGUAACUGUUGAGAAUACAGCUCGUGACUCAUACUCUGCCCAGACUGUGGAUUUUAUCCUGACCCCCAACACCUGCUUUGAUGGCUACAUCUAUCACAACUUCAGUGCACUGCAAAGAUUCCUCAAGUGUAUUCACUUGAACUACCCCAGCAUUACUCACCUUUACAGCAUAGGCCGCUCUUUACAAGGGAGAGAUCUAUGGGUACUUGCAAUCUCAGGGAAGAACUCCAAGCAGCACACUUUGGGGAUCCCUGAGGUGAAAUAUGUUGGAAACAUGCAUGGAAAUGAGGCCGUGGGACGGGAGAUUCUUUUACACUUCGUUUUGCAUCUGGUGACAAGUUAUGGGACAAAUCCUGAGCUCACCUUGUUUAUGGACAACACUCGAAUCCAUGUUUUACCCAGCAUGAAUCCUGACGGAUUUGCAAUGUCUUCUGAAGGCGACUGUGAUGGAAUUGCUGGGAGGUACAACGCGAAUGGUUUCGAUCUCAAUCGAAACUUCCCUGAUGCAUUCGAUGAAAGAAACGUCGAGAGACAAAAUGAAACAGAGCACAUCAUCAAGUGGGUCAGCUCCAUCCCAUUUGUGCUGUCAGCCAACAUGCACGGAGGGUCAAUGGUGGCAGUAUACCCUUACGACAGCUUGACUAAAAAAAUGACAGAGGAAUACAAUAACACCACAGCUAGUGGAGAGCCCUACCGUCACCUAACUCCCGAUAUGGAUGUGUUCAACCAUCUUGCAUUAACGUAUUCACUAAAUCACGCAUUCAUGCACACUGGGCAGAGUGAAUGUAACUAUUUUCAAGAUGGCAUUGUCAAUGGUGUGGAAUGGUAUCCCAUGUACGGUUCCAUGCAGGAUUAUAAUUACAUUUGGGCGCAGUGCAUGGAGAUUACGGUGGAGCUGAGUUGCUGUAAAUACCCGCCAGUCAAUGAACUGCAGCAACACUGGCUGGACAACAAGAAGCCACUUGUACAAUACCUGAUGCAGGUUCACAUUGGAAUUAAAGGGAGAGUCUUUGACACUAACGGAAACCCCAUAAAAGGAGCUACAGUCCGCAUAAAGGGACGUGAUAAUAUUCUGCCAUACAACACUACUGCAGAGGGUGAAUAUUAUCGGCUUCUCCUGACAGGACGAUACACCAUCCUGGUAACUGCAGAUGGCUACCUGCCAGCCCAGAGGAGUAUCUCCAUUAUAAGUGUCCCUCGGGUGCCCUACAAUGCGACAGUGGUGAACUUUAUACUGCAGGCAAACCCAUGCUGGCCAAGAUAUAGUUAUCACAGCUAUGACCAACUCCAAAGUUUCCUGCUCUGUGUUCAAAAACAUCAGCCCAACAUCACCUACCUCCACACCAUUGGAAAAUCAAUUGAAGGUCGGGACCUCUGGGUGAUGGUCAUAACUGGGCACAAUCCAAAAGAGAAUCAUGUUGGGAAACCCAAUGUCAAGUAUGUGGGAAACAUGCAUGGCAAUGAGGUGGUAGGCAGAGAACUUCUUGUACAUCUGAUCAACUACUUUACCACAAUGUAUGGUUUUGAUGAAGACCUAACAACCUUCAUUGACAACACUCGAAUUCAUAUCAUGCCUACCAUGAAUCCCGAUGGGGCAGAGAUUUCAGAUCCAACUGAUUGCUAUGGGACAACAGGGAGAUACAAUUCCAGACAGAUUGACCUCAAUCGGAACUUUCAAAAUGUUUUUUCUAAACAACAACCAAAAUAUGAAAAGGAAACUCUUCUAAUGAUGAACUGGAUAACUAGUGAGAACUUUGUCAUUUCGGCAAACCUUCAUGGAGGUGCUCUUGUAGUGAACUACGGCUAUGAUAAUAUACCAGAUGAGUAUCAUCGCUAUUGGCACACUUAUGAAGACUGGUACUAUGGCCGACUUGAUCCUGAAGAGAUUCACAAACAUCUCACACCUGAUAAUGACGUCUUUCUGCAUAUCUCAAAGGUAUAUUCCUACACCCAUGCCAACAUGUGGACUGGAAGCCCUUGUCCACAGGAGGUGAAUGCUUCCUUUCACUUUAUAGAUGGGAUUGUCAACGGUGCAGCCUGGUAUCCAAUUGCUGGUAGCAUGCAGGACUACAAUUAUAUGUGGGGUCAAUGUCUGGAAGUCACUCUGGAAGUGUCUUGUUGUAAAUAUCCCCCAGUGGAGGAGCUCCAACAUUUCUGGUGGGACAACAGAGAUGCCUUGAUUCAAUACCUGAAACAGGGUCAUUUAGGUAUAAAAGGCCAAGUAUUUGAUGAGAUGAACAACAAACUCUCGGGAGCCCAGGUGCAAAUAAACAACCGUACUACUCCAAUUCCCUUUAAUACCUCUGCUUCUGGGGAAUAUUACAGGCUUUUACUACCUGGCACAUACAAAGUUAAGGUAUUAGUUUCAGGAACUUUCAGUCUCAAUGCAACAGUUAUGAACUUUAUUCUGAAGAAAACAGAUGAUUCAGUCAUACCCAAUCCAACUCUAGCGCCACCUUCAAACAAAUACUCUUACAGUUCCGGGGAAUUUACCGGUGUCUGUAUUGGUGUGGCUGUUGGAGGCGUUCUAUGUGGGAUUUUGGUUUUCUACCUCAUAAAACCUCAGAUAAAUAAAAGAUUGAAAACCCAGCCACAGGAGGUGGAAGUUAAACAACAGGAGACUUCUGAUUCUGCUGAUAUGACUUUGUUUUAA